AUGCUUACCACUAUUGCAGAGCUCGAGAAAGUGAAACUGAAAGAAGAAGUAAACACAGCCAUUAGGUUUUCCACCCAAACUGAUGGAUCUGUAGACACCAUGCAGCGUGACAAUAAGUUUCUAUUUCUAAAAUACAACUCUCCUGAUGACCCAUUAGAAAUUAAGACAAGGUUUGUUGGUGUAACUGAUUCGGAUUUAAAACGAGCUGCUGGCUUAGAAGAUUGUGUUCUUACAGGUUUAAAAACAAUUGAAGUAGACAAACUUGUAAUGAAAAAAAAAUUUGCUGGUGUUACUACAGAUGGCGAAUCUGCUAAUACAGGAUCUAAAUCUGGCUUGUGGAAGAGAUUAGAAGAUCAUGUGGAGCGAAAACUGAUGAACUUUUGGUGUGCUUGCCAUCGUUCUGACCUUGCAAUGGAAGAUAUGGAAGAAAGUGUUCCUGAGUUAAAAGUUUGGAAGGCAAAUCUACUUUCCAUCCCAGAAUACUACCACAAGUCUGCCGUCAGGACGAAAGAACUGAAAAAAGUUCUUCCUACCAUGAAGGCUUUCCCCACUUAUACCACAAUGUGCGGUUUUCCCAGCAUUUAAACAAUGUCUGUAUUGCUGUCCUUCAUAAUCAAAUUGGAUGCCUACAGCACUGGGCUAAUAUUUCAAAAAGUAGUGAUUUUGAUACACGGGAAAGAAAACGUGCUGUUGGCUUCAUUAAGCUGUGGAAAAAGGAUGGAAUACAGUCAUAUAUCACUUCCAUUGUGUCUGAUGUAUGCUCCGUGUUUCAGAUCUUGCAGAAGCAAUUCCAGAAAGUUUGCAUUGUUCUUCCUGACAUUAUGAAGCACAGAGAUAUAGCACUCCUGAAGCUCAGAUCUAUGCUAGGUACACCAUAUGCUGGUGGUUCUGAAGAAACGUGGGUAAAAGAAAAUGGUCCCUUAGAUGCUGAUCGAUCUGGACAAUCUGCUGAAUCAUCGAGGCAAGCAAAGAGAAUGCACACCUUAGUUGAUGGUUAUCACCGGGGACGACCAUUUACUACCAUACGAAAUGAGAUCAUUAAUGCAGCCAUCAACUUCCUUGAGCAAAGAUUGGACAAUGAGCAGGAAGGUAUAAUGAAAAACAUUGUUGACAUCUGUGGUGCAAAAUCAAUAAAUGAGUUUCUUGUUGCCUCAAGACCACUACUCGAAUGCGCAGGUAUAGUUGGUGAUGAUGUGAAGGAAUUUACUGACACUGUUUUCGAGAUACUUGACGAUCUGAAACCUAAUUCACACGUUUUGGAAAAAGAUUACACAGUCAGGGAUAUUAUAUAUGCUAAGGUAAGCUGUGUUGCUAAAAACCAAAGUAACUUUUGAUAAUUGAGAUAUAUAAUAUUUUUUUAUUUAUUUUUGUAUUUUCAGACAUAGCACUGGCUUAGUAAGAGAUCUGCUGUCUGCAAUAGUGGUGAUUUCACCUGAUAGCAUGACAGUUGAAAGAAGUGUUUCAACAUAUAAUAUUCUGUACUCGAAGCUGAGGACAACAACAAACCAGAAAACGUUAAAUGAUAGAAUGAUCAUAGCCUGGAACGGUGUCCCAACCGCUUCAUAUGACCCAAGGCCAGCCGUUGUAUCCUUUUUCAACAAGAAAGAAAGACGUAAUGCAAGGCCAUGUCUUGACACAUAUAAACAAAGAGAUUUUAUUGCAAACUUUUUUCUUGAAAAUUUCAAGUUAUUAAAGGUGUUGUCAAGUCCGUAAUGUAAACAAACGCUUUGUUUACAUUUCGAACUGCUAUAUUUGUAAAAUAUGAUAUACUAACUGAAUAUAUAACACUGUUCUGGUUUACUGUAUGCUCGUCAAUGAAUAUAAACCAGAGUUUCAAUUCAGAAAAAGUUCAAAAGAUGCGAAAUCAUCUGUGGGUCCCCCUUUGUUAUGAGCAGAACCGAUGCGCAGAAUGGACUUGACAGCAUCUUUAAGAGUUAUAGCUGUACGAUUAUAGCUACAAAGAGUUGAAGUUUUUGUUUAUAUUAUUAAAGUAAAAUAUAGCUCAAGUUAAUAAAUUAAAGUUUUACAAUAUAUCUUUUCACAUUCGCUCGUUCCCCAACCUCGACGGCUCAUAUUUUUCGUUCUGCCUUUUUUUCCUAUUUUGCCCCCCCCCCCCAGUGAAAAUUCCUUAAAAAAGGUACUGAACGAUAAUAUUAUUUAAAUUAAUAGCCCCCCUGCUUGUAUAUCAGAGCCGCCCAGCGACAUACUGCAAAUAACUUACUGUAUAAUUAACACUUCGUUCUAUGAUUGAUCGGGAACACACAGAAUGUAGAAUGCAAGUUUCUUUUUGACAUUUUCCAUCGUGAUUUCUUGUUCAGGUAAUUGUUCAUGAAGUAGUUUAGUUUUAUAAUUAUACUACAAACGUUACGUAUGUAGAUUGUGAAGCAUGCUUUGUUUGAGCUAGUAUUAAAAUGCGAUACAGUUAUUGUUAGAAACCAUGUCUCCUAUAAUUUUUAAAGUGCGGUACACUCCAAAUGCGGAGUAGAUAUCUUUCCUCGUACUCGAAGUACACUAGUUUUCAAAAACGAAUUGCACCUGUAGAAUUACACUCACUUGAAUAACAUUAUAAGUACAGUUUUGUACGUGAGGAUUCAAUUCGUCGAUUUAGAUGCGAGUGGGGGCUGCUACCACCGACUAAGCGACACAAUAUAAUACAAUAAAGAACUUCAUAAUUUACGAAAAGAAUUUGAACAAAACUAAAUAAUUUUACAACUAAGUGAAAAAAAACCAGUCAGACAGAGUCUGCUGUACAAGUCGAAAAUCCACCUUUCUCUUCCGAGUUGACAAUUAAGUGUUAUAUCUACUGUGUAUAUAACUUGACUGGUUUGCUAUGCUUCCCCGCUUUUCUUGACAAACUACUACAGAUCAUAUACUUUCUCAAAUCCUUUUUUCUCUUCUUCAUAGCAGAAUUGCUUCACAUAUAGGUUACUCGAUAGCCUUCACAAUGAUCGAUAUAGAGAUUGCCUUUUCCUUGUAAACAGGCUGCCACAGCGCUUUGCAUUGAACAAACGUAAUAAUCUACGAUUUAUAUAUACACACUCCGGCCAAUUUAAACUUAACGCUUUUGGGUAUUUUAGGGCAAGGAAUCUCAACUUACAUUAAAUUGAGUUUGGUGUUCUAACAUUCUAUAGAUGGCGCAUCUGGGUUUUAUUAUAUGCAUUCUUUACAGAAUUGAUACGUUAUUUGGAUUCAUGUGCUUAUUUCUAUACGUACUUGCAUUGUUUCUGGCAUUGUGACAAGUGUUAAAGUACCGUAUUAAUUAACAAAAUAGGUUCAUGAGAGGAAUCAUGAUCUGAGAACAAGUCGAAAAUUUUUUGAACAUUAUUUGUCGUAGGAUUAAUUAAAAAUUUUAUACAAAUUUAAAUUAAUGACGACACAAAAGUGGUUUCACAUGAACACAGUGCUAGAGUUUGUAACGAUCAACAAAUAAUAGACACCUUAAGAUUGACGUUUACGGCAAACGUCAAACCGCUAACAAAUGUUUGAUUUUACAACUCUAUUAUAACAGCUUACCAGGUUUGAAAUAUAUUAAACAACUAUUAAACUUGUGGUAUUUAGCAAUGAGUUAAGAAAGCAAAUUAAACACUAGUCACGUAUUCACCAAAGCAGUAUAAAAUUAAGAUUUGGCGUUUGAAGUUUACGUUUGGCGUAUAAUUUUUUGCUUUAACGACCACAAGCCCUCGUAGCAGUUCAAGUAUGAAAUUUAUACGCCAAACGUAAACUUCAAACGCCAAAUCUUAAUUUACUGCUUUGGUCAAUUCGUGACUGGUGGUUAAUUUGCUUUCUUAAAUCAUUGCUAAAUACCACAAGUUUAAUAAUUGUUUGGUAUAUUUCAAAACUGGUUUAAAAGCUGUUAUAAUAGAGUUGUAAAAUCAAAAAUUUUGUUAGCGGUUUGACGUUUGCCGUACACGUCAAUCUUAAGGUGUCUGUACUGAACGAAACAAUCGUCAAAACUACAGUUCCCUAUUGGCUGAUAACACUCAAUCCGCUCUCAGCCGUAUAAUAGCAAGCUCUUAUUGGAUAAACGUUUGGCAUAAUAUAUUCGCACGAAAGUUGGCAGUGUGUUGGUGAUUUACAUACGAUUGCUUACGUACGGGACGUAAACGCGAAACUUGCAUACAUGAGAUGUUAUAACUCGAGACGUCUCACUCAUUCCCUGAAAAACUGGCACGCUUGAUGCAUACCAUUCUUUACCUAGUAAACUAAAACUCAGAAUAUCCGCAGAAUAUUAACUGAUACAACUUUGGAAGUCGACCUGGCCGGAGCCUCUGGCAACCAAGGUAGGCCGCUGUUUGUACACGAAAAUUUAGUUCACUUUCAAUGGAUUUCAAUGGAGUCCAUGCCAUAUCAUAUCAUAUUAUGCUGUACUGUUAUAUAAAUUUGCAUGAAAGUAAACACAAUUCCCAAAGGGCAAAAUUGCAACAGAUGUCUAUACUAUAGACUUGUCAUUGCGCUACUCAAUACAGUAUGUUUCGUAAAUAUUUCGAUUCCCAAAGCCAAAGGCAAACAUAUUUGUGAACAGUCAGUUUAACUCAUGAAUCAAUCAUGACAUUACGAGAUUUAUAGCGAGGACAUGUACAUAUCAACAAUAUUUCAGCAUUGAAGCAUGUAUAUAAACACGGCGAGCCAAAAAUUUUUAUUUAAAAUCUAUAGAAGAAAAUGGUCGCUAGAACUUUUUUACGGCCAGUCUGAACGACUAAUUAAUGUAUUCUCUUGUGACCCUUAGUGUUUGGAGAAGUUUUAAGAUUCAAAUAUUUUCUGUGCAAAUGCCAAAUAGUUGGACAUAGACUAUGUCUUCACGAGAAUGAAAAUUUUGUAUAUGCAAACAUAUUUUUGCACGAUGCAAUAGUACGUUAGGCAAUCUCUAGACUCUAUAGUGAUCUACACGACUACACAUGUCUACAUAGCUUCAAAUCGGAAUCGUGAUUAACUGACAACAUGAUAAAGUCUUUAGAAUUCGCACAUUUUACAAACAACAUGCAUAUCUAUGGUCUCAUUUACACAUAUUGCAUGUGGAGCCAAUCAGAAUUCAAUUUCUUACGUUUGCAAAUUUAACAUAACUGAAUAUACGUUCGUUUACGUGCUUCGGUGAAUGUUGACUAAUAACCCUGUUAAUACGACCACCGUUCGGCUAAAAGAUUUUUGUCAUAUUAACGGGGUGGUCGUCGGAUCAAAUUACGGCACAGACGUUUUUUAACAUCUGUGCCGUAAAUGGUUUUUAACAUCUUUGAAAAGUCAAGUUUAUACCUUUCAAUUGUUUGACUAUGGUAUAUUAAAAUGGCAUACUUCGAAACCCGGACUCGGACCCGGACUCGGACUCGAAGAAAAUCUGGACUCGAGAAAAACCCGGACCCGGACUCGAAGAAACUCCGGACUCGUGUUUAACAAAACCCGGACUUGACUUCUGAAAACCCGGACUCGAAAUAGACAAAACCGGAUUCAAAACAAGGACUCUGUGCACGAGAAUGCAAAGGUUUUAUCGGUAAUAACUCGCGGAUAAAUGGAUUUGUGCUCUUGCGCGGGUGCCCCUUUCUCUUCUCGCUUUUGUAUAUAAUAAAAUACUUUAUUUCAAAAGCAAUAAGCUUUGGUUUCGAAAGAUAUAGAUAUUUUUUCUUCUAGUGACUCAGUGUUAUGCGUUAUCUGAGGAUGCUAAUCAGUUAUCAUACUAUAUGGUUCCUCACAAAACAAUCACUAUAUAGCCUACCUAAACAAAUCAUUUAACCUUAUACAUACUUGCUUACUAAUUACUUAAUUUAAAAAUUUAUUUAACCACGCUGACCAUACACAACAUAUUUGUAAAAUACAUACUCCUGCGAGUAGCUAAAUCUACCCUAGACAUAAAUUAAUAACUGAAAUCUGACUCAGCAUAGCAAACUCAACGUGAUCGAUGGCGGCAAGGGUAAAAUAUAUCCUCAACAUAUUCGACUUCACUAUCGGCAAAAUGACACGAAAAAUAACUAGACUUCAACCAAUCAAAAGUAUAACUUCAACCAAUCGAAAAGAACGCCGGAAAAGUACAUCUCAUGUUGAAGGCAAUGAAGGUAUCGCCGCAACCGCGCCUAAAUACCGACUGUGAAGUAAUUCGAGCGUUGUUGUGCGGAUGGACAUAAAUUUGAUAUUAUAACAUGCUCUCAAAUUAAUUAAGAGUUGGACAAGACGCUACUGGAAACACGUUUAUUUUCUCUAUUUCGUUAAUAUAAAGUCCAUAAACACGAAUUGAACACUCGCAAUUAUUCUUUAUCCGAAAGUAGUAGAAAACACAUCACAAUUAGCCUGCGAACAGGCUCUCAAGCUGAAUUGAGAGCCUGCAUCGAUGACUAAUGAAUUUGAAUAUCUGCCCCGUAACGUUCGUUUUUCCAAAUAUGGAAUGUCUAUCCUUAUAUGGUGUUGUUUACAACUUUGGUGCAAACUAAAUUUAGACCGUACAGUUUAUACUGUUUUUCGAAAUAUAAGAUAUUCAAGCAAUAGUUCAAAUGUUUUAAAUACUGUUUUCUCAAAACAGAACAUUUCGUGCUUUGAGAUAAGAUGGCCAAGACCAAUCUGAUCAGUUAAUGUGUUUUUUAUGCAUGGUGCUUCAGCAGUUGACAUAUAUAGAGCUCAGCGGAAACAUAUAAAUUAUAGCAUCUGACCAAUGAGAAUUUCGCGUCACGAUUUGAGACGCAGAUAUUCAAAUUCAUUAGUCAUCGAUGCAGGCUCUCAAUUCAGCAUGAGAGCCUGUUCGCAGGCUACAUCACAAUGAAAGCAACAGCUGCAAGCCUGCACGCGCGGCCGACAGUGAAAUUCGCGUUGGAUGGUUGGCGUAAAUUUGAUAUUGAGACUCUCUCGUUAGGCAAUGCGUUCAUCAAUUGCCCCAUAUGCCUUGCAUACAACCGCGGCUCGAUACUGACAAUGAAGUUUGACAACAAAUCAAGUUAACGUUAUUUUGAGAAUCAACAAUCAACAUGCUACCCUCGUACUAGCUACUAAUUGAAGAUCGUUGUGCAUCAAUACAUUUUAGUUUUUAAUAACUUAUAAGUGCCUAAAUGAUUUGGUUCCAGUAUAUCUAAGUGAUUAUUUUGUUAACAGCAGAGGAUUAAAAAUAUCGAGAUAGUCUCAUUCUCAUUAGUAUUCUGUAAAUAAGGAAUACUAAUCAGAAUGGACUUUUAUCUUUUAGCCUAUAUAAAUAAUUAUUUAAUUAUGCUCUGGAUAUCCAUUGAGCACUCUGCCAAACGUUUUUGUAAACAACAAAACCUAAGUAUUUAUAUAUAAUAUGGGUUUCGCGACUGGGUUUGGAAUCCGCGACCUUCGAAUUACUAGAUCGAUGCUCUACCAACUGAGCUACAGGGAUAUACAUGAUAGUCAAUAUCAUAAUUUCCAAUCUAUGAUCCGUGCUGGCCGUGUAUAAUUUGUUCAAUAUAAUGUUGUACAAUUUGUUCAAUCUAUCACCGGAACCAGCUUCCAGCCUUAUCUCUCUUGACAUUUUUACAGGGGUUUUAAUACAAUCAUAUCAUUUCUUUAUUUAAAAGGAACAAAUGUCGUACACGAAGAAGGAUCAGCUGAGAUCGUGGAUUUAUCUUCUAUUCGUCGUGUUCACUUCGAUUCCUAUCUGUGGUGUAUUUUUUUCAUUUGGCCUAUUUCUCGACAUAUUUCUGAAUGAAUAUGGCGGAACUAAUUCUGAAGCAGGUAUACAUUUUACCGGGACUAUAGUGUAGGACGAAUAUUUCUUUGUGCAUUCGUGGGAGUGAAUAGCUAGCUAUCUGUUGGAUGAUAAGCUUAAAUUUAACCACACAAAACCAGAUUUUCCUGUACUCUACGACAGAUGGAAAAAUCGAUCUUAUUUUUAAACACGAUGAUGCCCUCGUUGAUUUCUUUUGAUGUCAAUAUUGACACGAUUUCAUUAACACUAUUCCUUUCUUUGUUUUUGUCACAAUGUUAUAAGUUUGGUCAAUUCACCCCCAAUUUUCUGCUUCAUGUCUUCCAUAUCUGAUAAUUCCGUUUGCUCAUCAAUAAUGAUUUCCUAAAAUUUGUUCUCGGCACAUUAACCUCCUCUUCUAGAGUCUAAUUGAAGUCUUUCUAGUUUCUACUUCUACAUGGGGUAACCACCCAUUCUUCCUUAAAGCUCUUUCUUGGUCGCAUCUUCUUUGUUCUGCGUGUUGAAUCAAAUGAAAUACACUUGUAUUUUCCAUUUCUCGCAAACUUCGUAUAGUCCAUAAUCUCUGAUUGGAACACCAUUCUCGUUAACUCUCUAUCACCACAUUGUUUACUUUCUUUGUCCACAAUGAGCUAGCAGUAGUAGCUUGAUCACGACCAGGGGCCGGUUGUAUAAAAAAGUGAUUAAAGUUAAUCAUAGUCAAGUGGAAAUGUCAUCCAAUAAGAAGCGCCUAUUUGAGAGUUAAUCACUAUUUAACUAUAAAAUACUGAUUAAAAAAGUGAUUAAGAGUUUUAUACAACCGGCCCAAGGUCCGCUCUGCUCACCAGCGGAAAACCUGCCGGACGAGAGAUGACUAUACCACCUUUAGUAUCAUCAUUCAUGUGGUUUCUCUGAAAUGCCAUUUUUCAUCAUAUCGCAUUUCAUCACAUAUUCUUCAUCACAAGAGGCUUAAGCUUAUCUAGCGGUAUUCUCAAUUAUCAACUACAGGGCUACUAUUAUGAUUGAAAUAUUUCCAGGACACUGAUAAGCGAAAACUUUCGAAACAUGCGUCAGUGCUUGGCCUUUUAUGAUGACUAAGCCGAACUACGUUCGUUAAGAGGUAUACCAUUAAACGCAUUUUGUUAUUAUUUCUUUGACAACAAAAUCCUUCUAUAUAAACAUCCCUUUGAUUAUAUACUUGGAUUAAUCCAUUUUAUAUGGUACUUGAACUUUCAUUUGUUCGUUUGUUUCAUAUAGGUUGGGUUGGUUCCAUCUUGCUAUUUAGCGCGGGAAUAAGUUCGCUCGGUGGAAUUUAUCUCUUUCGUUAUUUUGGAUUACGUCGUGUUAUGUUUACUUCUGCAAUUCUUGCAGUGCUUGCUUUCCUUGCAACUCCACACGUACCUAACUUGGAAUAUAUUUUCCUAACUUACUCCAUCCCGUUCGGGAUCGCUGCUGGAUUCCACGAGUGUGUCAGUGUUGUAAGUUUACGAGAGUAUUUUGGGAGGCAGCUUGGUCUUGCAACCGGAAUACGCUUCGCAGGGAGUGCAGUCGGACCAAUGAUAUUUAGCUAUUUAAUUCCUGUCAUCUUUGACUUAGCGGGAUGGCAUACAAUGAUGACUUACUUUUCCAGCUUGGGAUUAAUGUUUAUACUUUAUGCAUUGACCUAUAAACCGCUCACGACACUUGAGGAUACAGACUCUUCUGAUAGCAUGUUGCCUACAAGAAAAGAAGAUAAAGUUAAAAUUGACUUGUUGAAAGCAAUAAAGUUAUUACUAAGAGAUAAAAGGAUAUUGAUGGUGCUUACCGGAAAUGCUCUAUUUUCUGUCGUGGAAUAUGUCCCAAACAUGUUCAUGGUAAGUGCUUGUGUCAAAAAAGGUAAACUGUGCAUACAGAUGUAAUUAUUAUUAAGUAUUUAAUAUUCACUGUUAUGAAAGAGUUUCGGAUUUAUUUGAGGGAAAUCAUAGUUAAUAGAAUAUUCAUGGACAUACAACUAAUAUUAAUAGAAUAUAACUACUGCAUGUAUUUUCUCGUUUGAGCGCCGCGUUUCAGAGCUUCCGGAGUCCAACUGCUGCACCGUAACCAUUGUUGGAUAUGCCUGCUAGACAUCAGAAGACUUAAAUUCGUCGCAUUGUGAGGGAUUCUAUUAAGCGGAAUUCGAUUAAAAUGUUCUAAGAUUGAAAAUAAUUAGUGCAUGCGGCGCUCAUACAUUCGGGAGCGGCGCUCUUCGCAAAAAUUUGAUCUCAAUCGAGUAAAUACGGUAUAUAUCUGAAAUAUAUAUAAGCACUUACUUCUGCUUACAUUAAGUGCAGUAAUUGUAUAUAUCUCUCUCAAUCCGGAGCUGCCUUGUUAUCGUCGCUACCUACACUAGGACCGACCGUUCCCUAAUACCCAUUUUACCCCUUGAGGACCCUCUAUAAAUACAUAGGCUUUUAAAUAAAAUUAUAUAAUAAUUAUACAGGAAUACCUAAUAAAUUUCAAGUGUGGCACAACUUUUAUUUCAUCCAUGUACUGCGCAGAAACCUAUACUGUUAUACAAUUACAGUUAUUCUGCGAAUUUACUCGAGUCGUAGCUAUAUGAGCUGAUAUAUAGCCGACGAGGUGCAAGCAUCGAGUUGGCUAUCAGCUAGCCAUAUAGGGCGAGAGUGAGUAGCAUAACUGUUUUAUUAGUAAAGGAAAUUCACGGUUUGAGAAGUACUGUAUUAUUUAAUGAAAAAUCGCACGCGUGUGCUACGCGUAAAUAUUUCGCCAAACACGAGUAUGAUUUUUCAUUAAUAGGCUACCACGAGAACAAGUGUUAUUUCCAAUUAAUAUCAUUUUAUAGUCAAUUUUACACGAGCAAUCAUAUUAAUUUAGUCGAGCGAGCACAGCCAUACGUGCCUUCGUCAAUUUUGAGACUAAUUUCUGACAUUAAAUUUCAAUUCAUACUUGUCAAAAACUGUGAACAAACGUCAUUUUGCACGCUGGGAAAGAGCUCAUUGCAAAAUACAAGCUCAUGCAGAAAAUAUAGAUUUUUAAGUUGUUGUAAUAUUUAUAUUUUGACAUCAUGUGUUUAAUCCACGCGGGCUCGUAUCUGCGUGCCGAUUAAUCUUUAAUUGGCGCACCUUAGACUUGGUUCAAGUCCGUCUCUCACGGGGUUGAAAAUAGCGAUGCACGCGAGCGGUCAAAAAAGGCGUGAAAAUAUGAGAGAAAAGUAGGGAGAGAUGUACUUGUAUACCCUACAAGCGCGCCAAAUUUUACCGUCGGAUUUUUCCUACGGAGGCGUGGCUUGCGAGUUGAGAACAGUGAUCUCUAAUAAUAACUAGAAGGCUAAGUCAGAGUUGAAGCCGUGCUUGAAGCUUUUUUUGUAGGUAGACCCAGUUAUUUUUUAUUUUUUUUUUCAAAAUAUGCACAUUUUUGAUCAGAAAAAUCUUGCCCCAAAAUAUUAGUUAUACUACCAAUUUUAAUUUAUUAUUAUUAUUAUUAUUAUUAAAUUGAAACCACAUUCCAGCCAGAAGCUGAAUUGCGUGGAUUACAUAUUAUCACAUGCACUACAUAUAAAUAUAUUAUUAAUACAAUAUUAUAAAACCCACCCUCGAUCAAAAUUCGAUUAAAAUAAGCAUAAAAUCUAUCCUACAAACUUCCUACACAUAGCAGGAAUGAAAGAGUUAUAAAAACGGUUCGUGCGUGUAACGUACAUAUUAAAAUACCGAUUCGUCCUGAAAGAAUAAUCAGUCUCGUUCUUCGGGGGCAGCAGAUGAUGAAGUUUAUGCAUUGGAUCCUUGAUGAUACUCGUAAAGAGUUUGUCACACAUGUCCUCUCUUCUUUGAAAUAGAGUAGGCAGUCUAUAAUACUCAAGGGCCUCACAAUAUGUCAUUUCAGGAGAUAAAAUUUUUAGCACACGUUUCUGGACAGUCUCAAGUUCGUCUGCCAAAUACUUUGGGAUGGAAUGAUGGAAGGCUUGCGCACAAUACUCGAGCACAGGCCUGAUCACUGUACAAUAAAAGUUCAAAACAUCAUUGACAUUUACGCCUGCCCGUUUCAAUAAUACUAUAAAAUAGAGGCGUUUAUUAGCUUUCUUUAUACUCUCUCUGAUGUUAUCUUUCCACUGAAGUGUGCCUGUCAUAACAAGACCCAAUAUUUUUGCACUCUCAACUAUAGGCAAUGCUUCUCCACCCACCAGUACAGGAUCAAAAGGUUGUUUAAUUUUUUUAAAAUCGAUUCUCAGUUCUUUACAUUUCUCAGCGUUAAGAGAUAGCCCAUUUGCCUUCGACCAAUCUUCCACAACAUCAACUGCGACUUGAACACGGCUCUCUGUGUCCUUACUAACUACUUCAGCAACUGUUGUGUCAUCAACAAACUUCCACCUCGAUAUAUCACAAAUAUCAAGAUCGUUUAUCAUUAAACAAAAUAGCCAGGGCCCUAAUUUUGUACCUUGAGGGAUACCGGAAAGUACAUCACCACACUCCGAAUAGCAGUCAUUGGAUAAUUUCACUCUCUGCUUUCGAUUCAUCAAAAAAUCGAUUGUCCAGCGAGCAACCGCACGUGGAAUAGCUAAAUUGGAAAUUUUAUCAGCCAGUAAAGCAUGAUCGAUAAGGUCGAAUGCUUUUCUAUAAUCGAACAGGAUGACUCUGACAGCAGAGCCAGUGCCAUCAGUAGCUUGCGACCAUUCAUGGAUCAUAGAUAUAACAGCGAGAGUAGUUGAACUUCUUGGUAUUACUCCAUAUUGACUUGGAUCGAUUAUACUCAUGAUAGCUGGAGCAAUGUAUUUUUUAACAACACAGUCCUCAGCGAUUUUCGAAAUAGCGGCAGUAAGUGAAAUUGGUCGUAAUUUAUAUCAGUAGUAUGAUAAAUGAAUUUAAAGGUGCCCUACAGUCCGUAUGUAAACAAAGCCUUUGUUUACAUUUUUGUGUCGAAAAUAAUGAGCUUUAUUCGACAACUAUUUAUAUUUUCAAGUUUCUAGAGUAUAAUAAAUGAUCAAGAAACAACAAUCAGGCUUUGCAAGAACCCAAAACAUAGUUAAACUGUUUGUAUCAUAAAAAGUGGGCUCCUUUGUGCACAUGCGCAGAUCGGACUGUUGGGCACCUUUAAUAUUCGCAAAGCAAACAAAUCACGAAUUAGCAAAAAAAAAUGCGAAAAACACGACCAUAAGCAUGAACGGUCUGAAAAACCGCGCGUUUUAGGCUGCUUUUUCUGAGUUUUUGAAGUUUAAGAUAAAACUAAGACGUCAUACCUCAGGAAUUUUUUAUACCCAUGCAAAAUACAUCUGUAUGCGAAGUUUCAAGAAGAUUUAACGUUUUAAGGUCGAAAAAAAAGCAUUUGAAAAUUGACAAAAAUAUUGCCAUAUUCAACGUGCUCAUAGUGGCCAACAAGAUGCGGAUGACGAAAAUAACAUCACUUGAAAAACGCCAAUUUAUUUAUGUUUAAGAGCGACUAAAACAAGGACUAAAAGCUCAGGAUCAAUAACAAUACCUGGGGUUUAGUACAACAUAAGUUUUGGGACUGUCAAAAUGUUUUAUAGUAUAUAUUUUUGGUUUGAACGGCGAGAUUUCCUUCGGCACGUCCAAACGUUCGUCAUAUUUUCAAAAUACAAAAGCAAAAUUCCUUACUUUUUGCUGCAGAGAGAUGUAAAACAGUCGGAACUAAUCGGAAACUUGGUAUAAAUCCCAAUCGUUGUAUUCCCAUGGGAAAAGUGUUUUCCCUGCAAAUUUUUGCUCGAAAACAAACUUUUGACACAAUUUUUUUCACUCCUCGAAACUCUCCUUAGUCCUUUUGAAAGCUGAUUUUCCCGCGCGCCGGCUUCAACGAAUCAUAGACUUUCAUCAUAGGAGUUAGCCUUCCAGUUAUUGUUAGAGUUCACUGGUUGAGAACAACAACAAAUUUUCGCGCCAAUUUUUGCAAGUAACAUUGAAAUGCUGGAAAUGUUCCAAGUCCCUCUGUCCCUUCUUUUCUCCUCAGACGGACUUGAACCAAGUCUAGGCGCACCUGUGCGAUUAAUGUUUAAUCGGGACGGUUUUUAACCAAUCAGAAUCAAGUAAAUUGACUAAAAUUAUGAUAUUAACUUAAAAGCGAAUAACGUUCUCUCGUUCAGAAAACUCCAGUCAUCUACUGGCAGGAUGUGAGUUAAAUCCUGCUAGGACAGAGCCACUCAAAUUUCUUCUCUUUCUCUUGACAGAUUCAAUAUGCAAGGUCUUUAGGAUAUCCAAUAUCGAGAUCGAAAUGGAUGUUAGUCACAUUCAGUUUAUUAUCGAUAGUAUCUAGGUCGGUUUCGGGGUACGUUUCAGAUUAUGUUAUGAAAUUCAACAAAAUGGGAACUUUGCUAUCCUUUGUCAUCAUCCUUUUUGGAGUAUUUAGUGCAUUUUGUUCAUUCACUCAAUCUCUGAUAUUAAUGACAGUCUACAUGGGUGGAAUUGGCGUACUGGAUGGCGUGUACUGGGUUAUGCUAUCACUGGUUGCCAUGGAAAUUAGUCACCAAUAUUCAGAUAUAACAUUUGCUUUGAUGCUUUCUGCCACAGCAUUUGGUUAUCUAGUAGGGCCACCGGCUAUAGGUAAGAUAUUUAAGAUUAUAGAUUCACUGGCAAUUUGCAAAGUAAUUUGUAAAACAUUUAAACAUUGUUAGCAUAUACAUAUCAUGUAAACAUGGUUUGAAAGGUUGACAAAAGUCAUUGUUAAUAGCUAGAGUGAACACCAAACGCGAUUGGCCGGAUUUGUGGUCACGUGACUUCUGAUAAAUGCAACGUUUCACGCCGGGCAACAAGUGAAAAAUUGCUGCCCGCCCCGAGCGGCUACGCACAUAAAUAAACAAAAUGGCGGCACAAGUAGAAACUACGAUUUUCCAAGUUUCUGUUUAAAUAAAGAAUGUAAAAGACAAGAAAAAUACACAACAGACAACAGGAUAUGCUGCUGAAACCGUUUAAGUAGGUUCUUUUCAUUUUAAACUCGUUGACACUAUAGAGAUUUUGUCACAAAAUACAAUUUUUGUAUGAAUGUUGUUGAAUGAUGAUUUUGUUCGUCGCUUUAUAACCAAACACUUAAUGUCUGUUCCCUCGGGAAAUAGUUAAUUUUGUUUUCCCUAGUUGAAUCUCAAUGUUUCCCUAGACUUCGUCUCGGGAAACAUUGAGACUCACGGGAAAACAAAACAAACUUUUUCCCUAGGAAGCAGACAUUAAGUGUAUAUUAUUCGGUGUGUGUAUUUGCUAAUGUAUAUAUUGCAUGAAAUAUGUGAACCACGACCACGCAGUGCGCUCAAUGGCUAUUUCCAAAACAAUUUUUAGAAUUGCGCACAUUAGACUGGGAUAAUCUGGAGCAAGACUCCCGCAGCAAGUCAAAGUUUUAA